AUUCAGAUUUCGACAUCUGAAAUCUCGAUAUUCUGCCUUUGAAAAUUUUCUGAUCAAAUAUCUCGAACGGUCAGUUUUCUACAGCAAUGGCUUCAGAAUCCAAUGCCCAAGGGAACAGUAGUACUCCUCCAAAUCUAAGGAAAGGAGAAUAUCAAAUGUGGAGGAAUCGAUUCCUAAACUUCCUCGAACACAAAGAAAAUUCCGCUGCAAUGCUUGAAUCACUGCUUGAAGGACCAGCUGAGCUGAUGAUUUCAGUUGGAGGAGACCCAGACAACAACCCACAUAUCCCUUCGGAAAGGAGACGGAAAGUGGCAUCAGAAUACACUGAAGCUGACAAGCUUAGACUUAGAGGUGAUCUCAUGGCGAAAACAUAUCUCCUUCAAGCCAUCCCAAACGAAGUAUAUGUACUAAUUGACAGCAUGCAAACUGCAAAGGAGAUGUGGUAUGAGAUUGAAAAACUGCUCCAAGGCACAAUCAUCAGCCUGAAAACCAAGAAAACAACUACACUGAUUGCCUAUGACUCCUUCAUAGCUGCCCCUGGAGAACCAUUGAACGAGACAUAUAACAGACUCAUUCAACUGGUCAAUGAACUAAGGAAGAUCAAAGUUUUCAGGACGAACUUGGAACUAAAUAUAAGAUUUCUGUCCAGCUUACAUCCCGCAUGGAGAAAGACAGUAAAGGAUGUCAGACAACGCAUUGACUUGGAUGAAAUUGAUCUCUGCACCCUACAUGAACACUUAAAUCAAUUUGUCAAUGAGGUUGCUUGUGCCGAGGAUCCACUCGACACAAAUCCACUGGCUCUGGUGAUGGAAGCUCAGCCCCGAAGGACAACCAAACCACUGAAAAAGAAGAAGAAGAAGGUGGUGGUUGACUUAGAUGAAGAUGAGAGUGAUUUUGAAGAAUCUGACCUGGAGGCUGAACUUGCAGACCUUCAGAAGAAGAUGACACUGCUGGCCAAGAAAUUUGCUAAGAAGAACAGCUCCUCCAACAAGUUGAGAACCUCCUCCUCAAAUUACAAACAAAAGAACCAUGAUCAAGGAUCUUCUAGGAAGGCACCAACAGCUGAAGAUGCUCCCAAAUGCUAUAACUGUGGAAAGGCUGGACAUGUUAUCAAAGAUUGUCGCCUGCCAAAGAAGAGGGAUGCAAACUUCUACAAACAGAAGAUGUUGUGGAAUAAGCAAAAGAUGCUUAUGGCGCAAAAGGAAGAAGAAAAUUUUGCAGUGCUUGCCUAAAAUGAUCAUUGGGCAGAAGACACCUCUGAUGAGGAAGAGGAGGAAGAAAACUAUGCCUUGAUGGCACGUAUGGAGGAAGAAGAUGAAAGAAAGGGUGAUGCUGCGAUCCCCGGAAGUGAAUGCUCUACUAGCACUGACGGUCAUGUGUGGCACUUGGAUUCUGGAUGCUCAACCCACAUGAUCGGAAUAAAAAACCCGUUGAGCAACUACACCAACUUCUACAGAGGCAACGUCAGAUUUGGGAACGACGCCUCAUCUCCCAUUCUUGGAUAUGGGGAUGUCAUAUGUGCCAGUGUCACCAUCAAGGAUGUAUCAUUUGUCAAAGGGCUCAAACACCCUGAGCAUUGGACAAUUCUGUGACAACGGGAUGGAAGUGAGGUUCUUUGCCAGACAAUGUUGUGUGCUAGACAGUGCAGGGAACUCAUUAUUAACGUGCUACAGGACAUCAAAUCUGUACACGAUUGAUCUGAAAAGCAUACAAUCCACCACUUCCAUCUGUCUGCUGUCCAAAGCUUCCACAGAACAGAACAACCUUUGGCACAGACGUCUUUCCUAUAUGAACUUCAAGAAUUUGUCAAUCAUGUCCUCCAAGAAACUUGUAAAGGGGCUUCCUCUGUUAAAGUCUUCCGCUGAAAAUCAUUGUAGUGCCUGCAAAAUGGGCAAAAUGACGUGAAGCUCCCACAAGCCAAAAACAGUUCCAUCAUCUACUCAUCAGUUACAGCUGAUUCACAUGGAUCUGUGUGAACCUAUGAGAGUCCAAAGCAUCAACGAUCACAAAUACACUCUGGUGAUCGUUGAUGAUUCCUCAAGGUACACAUGGACGAAAUUUAUUCGUACAAAGGACGAGGCAGCGGAAAACAUUAUGACCUUUAUCAGAACCAUCCAGAAACUGCUACAACACAGUGUUCGAAUAAUCAGAACUGACAACGAUACCGAGUUCAAAAAUCAAACUCUCACUGAUUUCUAUGAAUGUCUCGGUAUCACUCAGUAAUUUGCAGCAGCAAAAACUCCCCAACAGAACGGAGUUGUUGAGAGAAAGAACAUGACUCUUGUUGAAGCAGCACACACAAUGCUAAUCCAAUCCAGACUGCUCAUUUCAUGUGGGCAGAGGCAAUCAAUACUGCGUGCUACACCCAGAACAGAACAUCCAUUCAUAAACGUUUCGACAAGACUCCUUAUAAACUUCUCUUCAACAGAACUCCCGAUAUCUCUUUCUUCAAGAUAUUUGGCUGUAAGUGUUUCAUACUGAACGAUCGAACAGAAAGAAGUAAGCUGGACCCCAAAGCCAGAGAUGGCGUGUUUAUCGGCUACUCACUGCAGUCCAAAGCUUACAGGGUCUAUCUAAGAGACAAGCAAACAAUCAUCGAGAGUGUGAAUGUAACAUUCUAUGAAAUGGCUGACUUCGCAACCGAACAUUUACAGGCUGAUCCAACACAUGCUUUACUAGAGACUUCUGAUAAAGCUGAUUCGAACUCAGAACUUGAAGGUGUGAUUCUUAAUUCUCUCUUCAGAAACUUCUGCGAGAAUUCACAACCUUCAUCUCCUCCAUGCACACCAGCUUCAACAUCAACAGCUCCGCAUCAACCUACUCCCACAACUGAGAUUCCACUUCUUCCUGGUCCAAGUGAUGUACCGUCUACGCCUUCAACUCCUCAAUCCAAUCACAGGGAAGUGGAUGAUCAUGGUUUUGCUACAAUGCCAGAAUCAUCUCCACCGCACACCACAGCUACUCAAGAGACCUCUAUCCCCUAUCCGGACUCGGAUCAACCAAUCAUCACUCCAACUCCUCUGGCUCAUGAGAGGAAAUGGACGAAGGCACAUCCCGUUGAUCAAAUAAUAGGUGAUCCGAGUCAAGGUGUGCACACAAGAUCCGCCACGGUAAAUGAAUGUCACUUCGCCUGUUUCCUAAGCCAGUCUGAACCAUCAAAUAUUUCCGAAGCACUACUUGAUCCAGAUUGGGUGAUUGCAAUGCAAGAUGAACUCAAUCAAUUUAAAAGACUGGAUGUAUGGACACUCGUACCUAAGCCCCAGAAAAAGACCAUCAUUGACAUGAAGUGGAUAUUCAAAAACAAGAGAGAUGAAGAAGGGACAGUUGUGCAAAACAAGGCAAGGCUGGUCGCAAAGGGAUACAAUCAGCAAGAAGACAUAGACUAUGAUGAAACUUUCGCGCCCGUAGCAAGAAUUGAAGCAAUUCGCCUCUUUCUUGCGUACGUGGCUCACAAGAACUUCACCGUCUUUCAGAUGGACGUGAAGACAGCCUUUCUAAAUGGAAUUUUAGAAGAAGAAGUCUAUGUCACUCAACCCGAAGGAUUUGUAGACCCAAGAUUCCCAGAUCAUGUAUACAAGCUCAAGAAAGCUCUCUAUGGGCUGAAACAGGCACCAAGAGCUUGGUACGAUGCCUUGACCGAAUUUCUGGUUGAUUCAAGUUUCUCCAAAGGUAAGAUUGAUACUACACUGUUCAUCAAGCGACAGAAAUCUGAUAUUAUUCUGAUUCAGAUCUAUGUCGAUGACAUCAUCUUUGCCUCAUCCAAUCCGCGUCUGUGCAAACAUUUCGAGAAACUGAUGAAAACAAAGUUUGAGAUGAGCAUGAUGGGCGAACUGAAUUUCUUCCUAGGCCUGCAAGUACGACAACUCUCUGACGGCAUUUUCAUCAAUCAGUCAAAAUAUAUUCUGGAAAUGCUCAAGAGAUUCAACAUUGACGACAAAUCUUCCAUGACGACCCCCAUGUCCCCAAAUAAUAAAUUGGACUCAGACCCCUCCGGGAAGCCAGUUGAUGCUACAAACUACAGGGCCAUCAUUAGAUCUUUGCUGUAUCUCACGUCUAACAGGCCUGACAUUGUAUUCUCCACAUGCUUAUGUGCUCGAUUUCAAGCUAAUCCGAAGGAAUCCCAUCUGACUGCUGUGCGCAGAAUCUUAAGAUAUCUUAAAGACACAGUGAAUCUAGGCCUUUGGUAUCCCAAGCAUUCAGGUUUUGACCUAGUCGGAUAUUCGGACGCUGAUUUUGCGGGUUGCAGGAUGGACCGCAAGAGUACAUCGAGAGCCGUCCAGUUCUUGGGCGAGAAGUUAAUCUGUUGGUCUUCCAAGAAGUAGAAUUGCGUGUCAACAUCUACAGCUGAGGCCGAAUACGUCGCGGGUGCUAGUUGUUGUUCACAAAUAUUAUGGAUGAAGACUCAGGUCAAAGACUACGGUUACACAUUCCGCCAUAUCCCGAUCUACAGUGAUUCACAGAGCGCCAUCGCCAUCACCAGCAACCCAGUUCACCACUCCCGCACCAAACACAUCGAUCUGCGCUAUCACUUCAUCAAGGACCACGUGGAAAAAGGAGAUAUUGAUAUGUAUUUUGUAAGCUCAGAGCUUCAAUUGGCUGACUUGUUUACUAAGGCGUUGGAUGAAAAAAGAUUCCAGUUCCUAGUCUCCAAGUUGGGCAUGUUGAACCUCGAGCCUGUUUAAUUUUAUCUCCACUGGUCCGAAAAGUGUGUGUGUGUGUGGGACUUGUAAAAGGCAUGUGUGGGUGUGACCUGUAAAUAGUGUGUGUGCGUUGCAUGUGUCAAGGGGGAGAAAACCCAAAAAGAAAAAAAAUAGUGUGUGUGUGUUGUAUGUGUCAAGGGGAAGUAAACCCAAAACGAACAAAAAAUAGUGUGUGUGCAUUGCAUGUGUCGAGGGGGAGAAAACCCAAAAAGAACAAAAAUAGUGUGUGUGCGUGUGUCUUGUACAUAUCGUGUGUGAGUUGCAUGUGUGAGUCUUUUUGUUUACUCUCAAUCUUGUUCACGAACCAAGGGGGAGGACUUUCAUUUUUUUAAAAAAGAGGGGGCAGGGAAAGGGCUAAAUUCGGGCCCAAUCUUUAGGCCCAAAAGCCUCUGUUUUCGCAUACAAAAGCAGUGAAUCUUGAAAUUCUUCCUCAUCUUCUCGCAUUCGGAUUUCAAAACGCCAGAGCUCUCUCCCCAACUCUUUACUUCUCUACUUUUUUCCUCUCUUCUUUGUUCGGUUUUCGUUCGUGUUUCGGCUUUCAAAAGGUAGUACUUCAAGAGUAACAUGAUAUCGUUUGUCUUAAACCAUCUCUAUUUUUUAUUUUUGCGAAAUCUUGCACAAGAACAAUGAACUCGGAACCUUUGAAUUUUUAGACGAACUCGGAAAGUUGUUGGAUUGAUUUGAUUAGUUGUUGGAUAUGUUUUGUUGUCUGUGCAGGUGGCUUCGUCGUUGAUCUUCUGGGUGAAAUCUCGAGUUCCAUGAACUCGUGGUUUAAAUCCGGGAUAUCUCGAUCUCGUCGUUUCAACUUCGAGAUGAGAUCUCGAGAUUUAAACCUCGAGAUCCAUGUCUCGAGAUUUAAACCUCGAUAUUUGGAUCUCGAGACUUAAAUCACGACAUCUGGAUCUCGGGUUUAAACCUCGAGAUUUGGAUCUCGAGAUUUAAACCUCGAGAUUUAAACCUCGAGAUUUGGAUCUCGAGAUUUACACCUCGAGAUUUGGAUCUCGAGAUUUACACCUCGAGAUUUGGAUCUCGAUAUUUAAACCUCAACAUCUAGAUCUCGAGAUUUAAACUUCGACAUCUGGAUCUCAAGAUUUAAACCUCGACAUCUGGAUCUCGAAAUUUAAACUUCGACAUCUAGAUCUCGAGAUUUAAACCUCGACAUCUGGAUCUCAAGAUUUAAACCUCGACAUCUGGAUCUCGAGAUUUAAACCUCGAUCUCGAGAUUUAAACCUCGAUAUAUGGAUCUCGGGACUUAACCUCGACAUCUGAAUCUCGAGUUUUAGACCUCGACAUCCUAAUCUCGAGCUUUUGCCUUGGUCGUUUUUUUGACAACUCCACCUGCCCAUUUUUCUUCUAAUAAAAAAAAACCAACAUCAAAUCACACAUUCUAAAACAACAAAAAUAUAAAGGACUUUUACACUGACCCAUGUUUUCUAUAGUUCAUUAUGGCAGGCAACCAACAGCGCCACAACAUCGAUGAUGCCAUCUAUCCACAAGAACGGUGGAUCAAGGUGCUGGACCACAACUACCAGCUAGACCUGACCACGUUCAAAUGUCCGGAUCCCAUCAUCCCAGGGAUCAUGAAGCGCCACUAUCUCUAGACCGCCCUCAACAAAUCUAUACCGGUGCCAGAAAUCUAUCUACAACAGCUUUGGGGACAUAUGUGUACUGAGUCAGUCAAGGACCGCUCCAAAAUUCUCACAAAACUCAACAAUAUGAGGUUGAUCCUGACACCAUCCACUCUUCGGUCCGCACUGGCGCUUCCGGUCCACGAAAACUAUGACCCUCUGCCAUCCAUCCCGAAUCUCCUCAAAGAUGUCGCCGCCCUGGGUUAUGCCUCCCUGCUCCCCAAGCUGUCAAACUUCAACGGAGCCUAUCUUCAUCGUCCGUGGAAAACCCUGUUCAGACUGGUAAACAAGUGCCUGUCACCUAAGCACUCCGGAUUUGAUAAAUGCAACAAGCAGAUUCUCUUCGUCUUCCAUGGUAUCGCUUACAAAAAAACUACGACAUGGCUCAGCUCUUCUUCUCCGAGCUCAUGGAUCUGGUCAAGGCCAAGGAGAAACACAAGUCAGGCACAAUUCUGUAUGCUCGGUGGCUAGGGCUGAUCAUCCAAGAAACCAUGACAGAGCACAGCUCCAUUCCUCGAUGGGGCGAUGAUCCACACUUCUCCGCUCCCAAGCUUCAAUAUUUCAAGGCCGACAAGAAAGCGGUUCAGGGACUGUGGAUUCCAGAUGCUCUGCUCAAUUUGGCAAAUCAGUCCAAUCCAACAAUUGUGAAAUACAAGGAGAACCUUGAGAGAACAGUCCCUAUGAUUCAGCAAAACCCAGCUGGACCUACCCCGGGGACUAAGCCGAGUGUAAGUAAGGGUCCCAAGAGAGCCCCAAAUCCACAGAAGCCAGUGGCACGUCAACCCGAUGAAGGAAAGUCCGAUGAAUCUUCCGAGAGGACUCGAACGGCUGAGGGCAAACUGCCGAACGCUGAGGAACCCGCUGAUGACUCGCUCAGCCCGACCCACAAAACGGCUGACGACGAGGCUUCCGAUAGGGUGGCCAGAAGUGACGAUGACGAUGAUGAUGAUGAUGACGAUGACAUCGACGAUGUUGAGCACACCUUUGCUAUCAUCUAAAAGGGGAAGCUGCCUAUUGAAUCUCCUCCAAAGAAAAUCUCCGCUGAGGAUGCAGCCCUUAUCAUAGCUACACGCCCCAAGGAGAUCGUCAUCAAGACCGUGGAGGCCGGUCAUACUGUAGCAAGUGCUGCAGGCAUCGUCAGGGAGCAACGCAUCAAAGCUAAAAAUGAUGCUCCCCUGUCGCUCAAACCCAAGAAGCGGUGCCUCGUCAAAAGAAACCUAGUUGACGAGGACGACAUGUAUAUCUUCGCCGACUGUCAACCCUUCAUCAAUUUAAGCCGAGCUGACUCCUUAAGUACAGGAGCCGAUCUUUUCGGUUUCCAAGUAGAAGCCGCAUCAUCUGGCUCAACUGCGCAUGCACCACCCUCCCCUAGCCACUCGUUAGCCUCCCAACAGGCUAACGUUUCAAAAUCGCGGGACUCACCCACCUCUCUGGUUCCUUCCGGACCAGUUGAGCGAAUUAGUGGCCAACAGCCUGAGGCCACCACCCUUCCCUUGAGCACAUCGAGUCUAGGUGUCAAACUCCCUACAUUUUCUAAUUUUUCUAGGACACCUACACUAUUCACCGCACAGACAGGUGCACGCACCCUGGAAGCAACGACCAUAGUGCAAACGAUGACGGUCGGAAGCCCUGCUACGCCUACAAUGAUUCCAUCAUUGAAUGCAGGCCACACAUCAGCCCUCUUCACUGAUGUUGUGACAACAGUUACAACCCUUGUCACUGGACCCCUCACUACCGAAGACGUUACCGUUCUUAUGCAUCGUUUCAUGGAUUCCACCAUUAAGCCAUGGGUGCAACAAGCAUUUAUCGCUUGGGCACAGGAAUCCAAGGCAACCCCGGCGGUGCAUAGUGAACACAGCCAGCCUGAACCACACCCAUCACCUUCUCACUCCCAAUCUCCACCCUCUCCAGUCAUCUCCGCCACCUCCACCAAAGCCCAUAGCCCUACCUCUUCCCGGGGAACCCAUGAUACAGACCAAGUAUCAUCCCCACACCCGACCACACCUCCCAUUGAACUACUUUCCCAACCCUUCGAGGUCUUGGCAUCGGCCUUGCUGGAUCACCUCCUUAACAUACCCCACACCGAUCUCACUCCCUACCAGCAAGGCAUCCUUACUGCCCUUCUCUCUGAUCCGGACACCAAGGGCACCUGCCGUGAAAGUCCCCGUGGUCGCAAACGUUCACAUGAAGAUCCCGACGAUUCAGAACCUCAUGAGGGGGAGAACAAGAGGCCACAGAUACUCGAGCAAGGUGACUCUACUAGCCACACCCCCAAACCGAACAACCCGAGACUUCCACUAACCAACCACCACCUACCUCUAGCCAAAACCAAGCCCAUCUCUCUAACGUGGUCGAGCUAGAUGAAACAUCCUGAGGCUUAUCUCCUAGAGAUAUUGUCCUAGGAGGGGAUGGAAGUCCUGACGAUGCUACCCUUGGUACAUCAAUAAGCUCAGGCCAUCAGUCAGAACCUGUGUCGAAGCUGAUGACAACAUCCCGAGGCUUAUCUCUCAGAGAUACUGUUCGAGGAGGGGAUGGAAGUCCUGGUGAUGCUACUGCGAGUACAUCCUUAAAAUCAGGCCAUCAGUCAGAACCCAGUUCUAAGCUGAUGUCAACGGGCAAUCCGAGUGAACCCGGUUGUGCUACCCAAGAACAAUCACUGCUCCAACAGCAGCAAAGAGUUCCAUACAUUCCCCCAUGCAAGGACAUCCACGACGCACUGGAGGAUGCGGUGAUACAUGAUAAAUGCCCAAGAAAAUGGAUAGAAUGGGAUGAUCUCCGUUGUGAGGCUGAUAAGCGUUUUAUUAACGUAUUUUAUGUAACAAUUUAUAAACGCUUUUAUACUUAAAAGAAUAAAACUCUCACACAUAUGUCUCGUUUUGCAAGAAAUACUAUAAUCGACAAUUGGAUCAAACACGAGGAUGAAAAGACACACGAAGAAUCCCGACAAGUAAAGGUCAACCAAACGCAUCCCGAGAACAAAAGGAAAAAAAAGGAAAAUACACCAAAACGGUGAAAGCCGCCCGGCUUUCACCAAAAACCGGCCGGUUUUCACCAACCAACCAUCCAGUUGCCGUCCGAAGAUGAAGGAAAAGCCUCCGGAGCAAAACAGACGAAAGCCGCCCGGCUUUCAUGAAAGGCGCCCGGCUUUGGGCGCCGUGGAAAAUAUUCAGCAAACCGAACCAAAAGCCGCCCGGCUUUUGGCGAAAGCCGCCCGGCUUUCGGUCCCUGGAGCGGAGAAGCCCGUUUUAAACUCGCAAAAGCCGCCCGGCUUUUGCGAAAGUCGCCCGCCUUUCGCCUGGAGCUGAUUAAAACAAGCAACGGUCAUCACAAUCAUUCGGGCAAAACACCAAAUCCCAUUAAGGAGCUUGCUUCCUUGUCCGAAAAUGGCCGUUGAGAACUCAAUAUUUAAGAGGAUUGAAGCCCUCUCAAGGGAUUAUUCCAUAUUCUACACACUUUACUUCUACUUUGGCAUCCCAAGAGCAACCCCUUGGUCUUGGGAGAAGUUCUACACUUGGGGAAAGCUUUAUCCACCAUAGCUUUGGAGUUGUGGUAUCAUUUUCUUAUGUAUUUCAUUGUAUUUUAUCAUUUCAAUACUUGUAAUUUUAUUAUGAAUUGUUCUAGCUAAUUUUCUAUAGCCAAGGUUAGGGAUGAAACUUUACGCACUAUAGGUGUUUGAUGUAUGUUCUCAACCAAAUAUUUAUGAUCUUUCUUUUAUAUUUUAAUGUGUAUGACUACGGUGUACAACGUAUGAUUAUAUCGUUGGGUUUAUUUGAGCAAUUAACGUUGAGUUAUAAACCGUGCACUUAAAGGUUAGACAUAUUCUAAUUGUGGAUAGAAAUAUACCUCAAUUGAGUAUGGUGGUUUUUAUAAUGUCCUAAUCUUCAAUGGGGUUAAUUUUAGAUGAAUGUGAACCGUGACGGGAUUCACACGUAGAAUUAAUCACAAUCUCGCUGCCGUAACAGGAGUUAGAAUACUUUAGUGACAUUCCACUCAUAAGAAUUGGCGAAAGAACAUAUAUUCAUCACUAGGAGUCGUUUAGGAGUAAUCCCGAACCCUUGGUUGCUUUUAUUAUCUUUUAAAAAAAUCAAAAAGCUUUACUCUUUUCUUAAUUCUUUUACUAAACCGCUUUCACUUUUGAAUCAUAUAAACAAUGUUUCCUUGUGUUCGACCCGGUAUUUUUACCGGAAUUUACUACUACAUUGGCACUUGUACACUUGCAAGUUUCAGCCGAUCAAGUUUUUGGCGCCGUUGCCGGGGAAACGGUUUUGUUUUAUACGAUUCAACAAAAAUUCCUGAAUUUUCCCAUUACAUUUCACUUGGUAUUGUUUUAAAUUUUGUUGUGUAGACAAGCUCUUAGUGCAUGCUAUUGAGAAGUCAAGGCUCUACAAACCUUGAACCUAUCAACCUUGAAAUCGAGAGAGCUUGUAGAAGGAAUCGAAAGAAGGAAGCAAAAGCACCAACAAUGCUUCCUACACUCAAUGAAAGGAAGAGACCCGUCAUUGCAACAACUCCUUCUUGCAUCGUGCUCAGCGAGGCGGCACGAGACUAUGAGUUGCGGAAUAGCUACUUCAACGCUAUGCCACACUUUUAUGGACAACCAGGGGAGAAUCCAUUAAAUUUCAUCACUGAAUUUUAUGGGUUCAUUCAAGGUGUUCCAAGGAAUGGCCUAAAUGAAGGUGAUCUUAGGCUCAAAUGCUUCCCCUACACCUUGAAGGGAGCGGCAAGAGGGUGGUUUCUAGAGCAAGCACCGGCAUCCUAUACUACUUGGGAUGAAAUAUACAAUGUAUUCAUCUCCAAGUACUACACCCCAACAAUGACGCAAGAGCUACGACAACGAAUCUUCAACUUCAAACAACAAGUUGGAGAACUCUUUCAAGACGCAUGGAGGCGUUUCAAGUCUUUGUUGAAGGAAUGCCCCCAUCACCGCAUUCCUAUUGACCUCCAAAUUGACACUUUUUACAAUGGCUUGAACUCAUUUUGUCAAGCUAUUGUGGACAACCGAGCGGAGGGAUACAUUGGCAACAAAACCGAAACGGAAGCUUUUAGAAUUCUUGAGUCCAUUGCUUCAAAUCCUCAACUUCAAGGAGGAGACAUCAAGGUAGCGGGAGUGAAUGAGAUUUCUAUCACUCAUGAACUAGACAAAAGAUUUGAAGAAUUUCAAAUCAAAGUCCACCAAAAUGUGCACACAUCAAUUCAAACAGCUUUGCAAGCCGUUAUUGGAGGUGUUCAACAAGUAGCGAAUGUGGAGAGUGUCUCCAACGUGGAAGGUAACUCAUCUCAACAUCUUGAGGAUGUUAGUUACAUGAAUUCCUAUGGUAACCGGGCAAAUCAAGGAGGAAAUAAUAUUUCCAACAACAAUCAACAACGGUACAACCAAGGAAACAAUUGGAAGCCACAAGAGAAUUCUUCAAACCCUCAACCCGGAGCUCCCAAAUUUGGGCAAUCACAAGAACCUACUGUGGAAGAGAUGAUGAGGCUUCUCACAAAGAAUGUAGCCGCUAUGAAAGCCCAAAAUGAAGAAAACCAUAGUAGAAUGGAGGCAUCCAUUGGGAAUCUCCACAAUCAAUUCACCAAACUUGACAUGCGUUUUGAAGAUCAAAAUAGGAAGCUUAAUCAACGCAUGGACAGUCUUGAGCAAUAUACCAAGUCCUCUAUUCAUAACUUGGAAGUUCAAAUUGGUCAACUUGCUCAAGAAAGGACCACUAGAGAGCAUGGAAGAUUUCCCACAACAACGGAGGUUAAUCCAAGAGAAACGGCUAUGGCAAUCACUUUGAGAAGUGGUAAGGAAAUGAAGGGGGCGGUUAUUCAAAAUGUACCCUUGGAGAAGCAAGGAGAUGAAAAGCUAGAUGAGCAUGUCUCAUUACCACCACCCAUGGCAACAUAUGUUCCCCUAUUCCCUACCCUCAAAAGUUGAAGAAGAAGGAUGAGAAAAAACAAUUCAAGAACUUCUUAGACAUUUUUACCAAGUUGAGCAUCAACAUCCCUUUCGUUGAGGCUAUAGCGGAAAUACCCUCAUAUGCGAAAUUUCUGAAAAAUAUCCUCAAUAACAAGAAGAAGUUAGCGGAUUUUGCGACCAUACCACUCACGGAGGAGUGUAGCGCUAUCAUCCAAAACAAACUACCUCCAAAGUUGAAGGACCCCGGAAGUUUCACCAUCCCUUGUUCUAUUGGGAGUCUAGGAGAAGUAAGGUCCCUUUGUGAUCUUGGAGCUAGCAUCAAUCUUAUGCCCCUCUCCUUAUUCAAGAAGCUAGGUGUGGGGGAACCUAAACCAACAACUAUAGCUCUUCAAUUAGCGGAUAGAACAGUCCGUUAUCCCAUCGGAGUGGUGGAAGAUGUUCUUGUGAAGGUGGGCAAAUUCUAUCUCCCGGUUGACUUUCUUAUUUUAGAAAUGGAUGAAAUGGAGAUUCAGGUUAUUCUCGGGAGGUCAUUUCUAGCCACAGCAGGCGCUCUUAUUGAUGUCAAGAACGGAAUAGUGAAAUUCCGUAUUGGAGAAGAGGAGCAAGAAUUUCAUGUUUGGGAGUCCCUAAAGAAUCCUCCUAACGACUCCACAUGUUUUAAUAUCAAUGAUUUUGAUAAUAUACCCCAAGGUACUUCAAAGCGGGAAGCUCAAGAGGAUUCUCGUAUCUACAAGGAGAAGGUAGAAGCAUGGCAUGACAAAGGAAAGGCGAAAUCGAGCUACAAAUUGGGCAUAAAGUACUUCUUCAUGACUCAAAGUCCCGGUUGUACUCCGAAAAACAGAAAUCCCCUUGGUCGGGACCGUUUACCAUCACCGAGGUCCAGCCAUUUGGAACAAUGAUGAUCCAACAAGGAAGUAAUCCACCUUUUGUUGUGAAUAGCCAUCAUUUGAAGCUGCACAAAGAGUACUACACCACCCCCUACCCAUCCAAGAAAUGAUCACGAAGAACGUCCGGCCAACGACGUUAAAGAAGGCGCUUAUUGGGAGGCAACCCAAUUUCAUAUCCUUUUUAUUUACAUGUUUUACUUUUAUUUUGUUGUUAUACUCCUAUUGCUUGUGGACAAUGCAAUUCAAGUGUAGGGGGAGAAAAAGGCAAGAAGUUCGAAGUGUUAAGCAAAAAUUUGACAAAAACGGGCAAAAUAGGUGAAAACGACGAAAGCCGCCCGGCCUCUCCCCAAAGCCGCCCGGCUUCCAUAUCUUUUCCAGGUAUUUUUCUCGCACGCCAAAGGCGCCCGGCUUUCGCCAAAGCCGCCCGGCUUUCGCCAAAGCCGCCCGGCUUUGGGCGCCGUAGCUUAAUUCACUUUUAAUUAAAUCGAAACCCGCCCGGGUUUCGUGUAAGCCGCCCGACUUACGUGCACAUACCUGCUGCUAUCAAGCAAAAGCCGCCCGGCUUUCGCCAAAGCCACCCGGCUUUCGGGUUACGGAAUUGUUAAAACCCCUUCUCUUUUAAACACAAACACACGCACACCUUCCAACUCCGGCCGACGUUCGAGCUCCAGCUGCCAUAACAUCCGUUUUCUCCCAUUUCUUCUCCAAUUUCAAGCUCAAAUCAGGUAAUAUUCACUCAUUUUCACUUCUUAAUCCUUAUUUCACAGCUUUUACAUCAUUUAAUCGAUAGUUUUGAUUGUUCUUCCCAAUUUCGAAAUUUAGGGUUUUUACAAAUUGAUAGCUAUUAGGCCAAAUUCAUUGCAUGAUAUCUUGUUAUUGUUGCCUAUAUUGCUUGUAUGAACCAUUAUAACCUCUUUUCAAGUUGUUAUUUUCAAAAAUUUUGAAAUUUUUGCUACUUGAUUAAUAUUGGGGCUUAGGGUUCGAAAUUCUUGUUUAAAUUUGGGGAUUUUCAAUUGAAUUAUUGUGAUUAAUUGUUGAUAAAUGAGAUUAUGAGUAUGUUGUCCCUUGUUGUCCUAAAUUGUGAUUAUAGUCAAUUUUUAGGGGAAUCCAUGUCAAAUGUUUUUGAGAAAUUGACCAUAAUCUAUUGAGUUUGUAGGUUGAAAUGGCUUCAAAGGGCAAAUCUGUAAGAAAUGAGGCUGGCUCGAGCAACCCCAAGCGGGCUAGGAACAACAAGGCACCCGCGGCCUCCUCCACUAUCUUGCCGGCUAGUCGGUUUGUGAACACUCAAUGCUACGAGCGUUACCUCGAGUCCCGGGACAACGACUUUGUGAUCGAAAAGACAAUCUCAGCCCCUAUUGAUCACGAGUUCCAGCUCACCGCGGCCUUCGCCAAUAUCAAUUGGGAACCGGUGCUACAUCUCCAAGGCACCUUCUAUCCGGAACUCGUAAAGGAGUUCUUCGCAAACGUUGAAGGGAAUUACGCCCAAAAGAUGAUUGAGAGCCGAGUCAAAGGGGUCAACAUUACUAUCACCAAUGACCUCUUGAGCUCUCAAUUUCACAUCACCAAGUUCGGCACCCCUUUCGCUCCUUCCCAAGCCGGAACAAUGAAUAGUGAUGGGAACUACAACCCCAUGGAAGCUAUGCAAUAUUUUGGGUUGCAAGGACUGGAUCUAAUGACGAAGAACCUCGGCCAACCACACAUCCGGACCCGGCUUUUGAUGUACCUCUACUCGUUCAACGUCAUGCCGAGAGCGAGCGGCUACAACAAAAUCCGAAGUGCCGACCUCUACUUUGCAUAUAGGAUGCACACCGGGCUUGAUCGUCAUGAGGGGAUUCCUCUCUCGGGCAUCAUCAUCAAGCAAUUGUGGAGCGCGGUCUUAAGCAACAAUCAAGAUAAGGCCUUCAUUUUCCCUAUUUUGCUCUCUAAAAUUUUUCAACAUUUUGGUGUUAGUUUUAGAGGAGAAGAAGAAAGGGAGAUGCACGCCGUGCUUGAUGAUAGUGUCAUGACCCACCUCCGCUAUUUCCAACCGCCGCACGGAGGACCAUGGAGGUGUGUGGCGAAGUUCCAUAGAGUUGUACCGGAGGAGGAUGAAGAAGAGAUGAUGGAAGGUGGGGAACCCGCGGGAGGCCAUGAGGAGCACCAUGAAGAGGCAGCUCACGUCCCCCAAGCCAGAGCUCCUUACGAUAUGGACUACUUGACCGAGCAAUUUGGUCAAAUCUGCACGGAGCUUGCGGUGCAUAGACGAGACUUGAGAGAUCAACGCCACGCUAUCCAGGGAAUGGGGAGCCAUUUGUGGAGCAUGAACUACUACUGUCAAGAGCUGGGGAGACAUUUCAACAUACCACCACCGCCGCCCUACGAUCCAAACUUUUUUUCCCUUCCCGAGAAGACGGAGAUGAGAACGAUGAGUAAAGUUGACAACAAAAGGGAAGUGUACUAAAACAAUUCUUAUCUAGUCUUGCUCAAACUCUUGUUUGUUGUUAUUUUGACUCUAAUGUUGUCUUUGUGCUAUGUGUGUUUAAUCUUGCUUUGAUUGCUCUUUGUGAUCCACAUUGAGACAUUGUAGAACAAGUGUGGGGGGUGGUCUUUUAACUUCUAAAUUGCAGGAUUUUUUCUCCUUAAUUUGUUUACUUUUGGUCCAUAAUUUUUUCAAAAAUAUUUUAGCAAAACCCUUGUCCUCCAAAAAUUUGCUUGAGGACAAGCAAAGCUCAAGUGUGGGGGUAUUUGAUAAGCGUUUUAUUAACGUAUUUUAUGCAACAAUUUAUAAACGCUUUUAUACUUAAAAGAAUAAAACUCUCACACAUAUGUCUCAUUUUGCAAGAAAUACUAUAAUCGACAAUUGGAUCAAACACGAGGAUGAAAAGACACACGAAGAAUCCCGACAAGUAAAGGUCAACCAAACGCUUCCCGAGAACAAAAGGAAAAAAAAGGAAAAUACACCAAAACGGUGAAAGCCGCCCGGCUUUCACCAAAAACCGGCCGGUUUUCACCAACCAACCAUCCAGUUGCCGUCCGAAGAUGAAGGAAAAGCCUCCGGAGCAAAACAGACGAAAGCCGCCCAACUUUCAUGAAAGGCGCCCGGCUUUGGGCGCCGUGGAAAAUAUUCAGCAAACCGAACCAAAAGCCGCCCGGCUUUUGGCGAAAGCCGCCCGGCUUUCGGUCCCUGGAGCGGAGAAGCCCGUUUUAAACUCGCAAAAGCCGCCCGGCUUUUGCGAAAGUCGCCCGCCUUUCGCCUGGAGCUGAUUAAAACAAGCAACGGUCAUCACAAUCAUUCGGGCAAAACACCAAAUCCCAUUAAGGAGCUUGCUUCCUUGUCCGAAAAUGGCCGUUGAGAACUCAAUAUUUAAGAGGAUUGAAGCCCUCUCAAGGGAUUAUUCCAUAUUCUACACACUUUACUUCUACUUUGGCAUCCCAAGAGCAACCCCUUGGUCUUGGGAGAAGUUCUACACUUGGGGAAAGCUUUAUCCACCAUAGCUUUGGAGUUGUGGUAUCAUUUUCUUAUGUAUUUCAUUGUAUUUUAUCAUUUCAAUACUUGUAAUUUUAUUAUGAAUUGUUCUAGCUAAUUUUCUAUAGCCAAGGUUAGGGAUGAAACUUUACGCACUAUAGGUGUUUGAUGUAUGUUCUCAACCAAAUAUUUAUGAUCUUUCUUUUAUAUUUUAAUGUGUAUGACUACGGUGUACAACGUAUGAUUAUAUCGUUGGGUUUAUUUGAGCAAUUAACGUUGAGUUAUAAACCGUGCACUUAAAGGUUAGACAUAUUCUAAUUGUGGAUAGAAAUAUACCUCAAUUGAGUAUGGUGGUUUUUAUAAUGUCCUAAUCUUCAAUGGGGUUAAUUUUAGAUGAAUGUGAACCGUGACGGGAUUCACACGUAGAAUUAAUCACAAUCUCGCUGCCGUAACAGGAGUUAGAAUACUUUAGUGACAUUCCACUCAUAAGAAUUGGCGAAAGAACAUAUAUUCAUCACUAGGAGUCGUUUAGGAGUAAUCCCGAACCCUUGGUUGCUUUUAUUAUCUUUUAAAAAAAUCAAAAAGCUUUACUCUUUUCUUAAUUCUUUUACUAAACCGCUUUCACUUUUGAAUCAUAUAAACAACGUUUCCUUGUGUUCGACCCGGUAUUUUUACCGGAAUUUAUUACUACAUUGGCACUUGUACACUUGCAAGUUUCAGCCGAUCAGAGGCUGAGAUAGAUGACAUGCAGAGAAACUGGUGGCUUCGAGAACUGUUAGCCAAAUGCGCUGAAGAUAUAGUCAGGCUCGAGGAAGAUGAAAUCAAGGAAGGGGAGAACUACAAAGAAACCCUGAGGACGCUUGAAUCUGUAGUAAGACAAACGGCGGGAUGACUUCCCAAGGCCGAAAAACCCUGGAAGAAUGUCAGGAUAGGAGCCCCUUUCCAAGAGGAAAUCAUAGAGCGCAUCUGGCAUAGACCGGACAAAAUCAAGCCCCUAAAUGAGCUAAAACUUCGAAGUCUCACACAUUUAAAAGGGAAACAAGCAGGAGGCCAUCUACAUAUGUUGAUGCAUCGAUCAUCCGGACCUCAAAGAACUGUCCUUGAAAAAGAUCUGAGAUCCAGCGUACAUCCAGUUCAUGAUAUCCUGGAAGUCAAAGCUGAAGAUCAUAACACAAUCAGGUUCUACUCCUAUAAGCUGAGGCGCACAGACGGAAGCAUAUUUACAUGCCAGGAGAAUGACUUCUUCAUGAUGAAACCAGAUGACAUAUAUCAGAUGUUCAUGGCAUAUAGAUAUCUUCCAAUCAGGAAGAGUAGAACAUACAAUGAAGGUUUUGAAGCCAUCAAACGAUUCAUGCUCCGACAAGUCCGAGUUCAUUCCACCCACGACCUGCAGAUGGCUAUACAGAACAACUUGCCAAAGACAAAUCUUACACAGCCACGACUGCAAGGUCAAGAGAUCAACGACUUCCCAGCUUAUCACAUAUUCUUCAGUCCACCAGCAGUCACUUAUCUGAAUCACAAGAAUGAAAAACGCUUGAUGAUGGUCAACGAAAUUGCAAAGUACUGUGAUGGGACUCUGAAGAUCAUCAGAGAGCAGCUGCUGAAACUAAAAGAAAAACUGGACAAAAAGCUUGCAGACGCAUCGUCAUACACUCAGAAGGAGCACGCAACAUUGACAAUCAUUGUAAAGGCAAUUGACGAUCGUCUUUACAAGAGGAACAUUCUAAGGCAAUACGAGCAUGCUCUGAACAUAAGAAAAGAUUACUACCAAGCUCAGAAGGAAGAGAAGACAUCACUUGAUCACAAAGGGGG